GCCCAAAGGCACUGCGGCCAGGAAGCGACUCGAGUUACAGCGGGAGGGGGGCCUCUGACACCCCGGAGGAGGGAGCGAGAGGGAGGGCAGUGUGUGCGAGUGUAGACGUAAGGAGGAGAAGACGCUAGUAAACCUGACAAAGCGUCUGCUGUCGGCAAAGAGAAGAGGACACACGCUGAUGGAUAUUAAGACGUUUCCCCGAACUUCGUAAUCCCACCGCUCUUUUUUUUUCAGUGACUUUCUUUUUACUUGACAAGUGCACAGUUGGAUUGUUGGAGAAACUAUUGGUGACGAGGAGGAAAGUUUCGGGGCUACUUCGUUGUGCCUUCUUUUUUUUUUUUGGAGCCCCACUUCCACGGAUAAAACACCUAAAAGUGGGAUUUUCUCCUGCAUGGCAGCGGACUGCUCUGCGAAUCGAACUUGGAAUAUACUCUGUGAUUUCUUCUGAAUGUGGAUUAGUCCAAUCCAAACACAUUUUUGGGUGCAUUGAGGAGUUGGAGACGUUUGGAUUGAGCUCAUGUUCUGUCCUCCCUUCUUAACUGUGCAUGCCAAAACAAAAAGCUCUACCACUUUAGCCCGCUUUGAUCGGGUGAAUUCCACUGUGUGACAGGCGGACCCGGCAGCAGUUGAUGGUUGGGCGGACUCCCUCAGAUGGGAUCAGUGUCCAGGAGGCGGUGGAGAAGGGGGAUAUGGGGAGCACUGGCAACAAAUAACGGGAUGGCCUCGUGGGCUUGGCUGCUAGCUGCCGUCCUGCUGUCUCUGCUGACUGUCAGCGUGGCCCGACCGCCCCUAACCACCACCAAGGAGGAGGAAGCCACCCUGGAACCCGAAGACGCAUCGAACAAAUACCAAAUAUCUAAGCCCACGGUGUGCUCAGUGCACCCGGGGGAGGUUCUGAAGCUGAACUGCCCUCUGCCGUCAACGGGGAUCAUCACCUGGACCAAAGAUGGCAGCUCUCUGGGCACCAACAACCGCACACUGAUAGAACAGGAGGUGCUGCAGAUCCGUGAUGCCACGUCCAAGGAUUCGGGCCUGUAUGCGUGCACCAGCGUGGGCAAAGACGCGGUCUGCUUCAUAGUCAAUGUCACAGAUGCCAUCUCGUCGGGGGAUGAUGAAGACGAUACCGAGCGAUCAGAAGACACAGGGGCAGAUGGAGAACAGCUGAGUUCCCCGUACUGGACUUCGUCGGCUAAAAUGGAAAAGAAGCUGCAUGCGGUUCCAGCUGCCAACACAGUCAAGUUCCGCUGUGCUGCAGGAGGCAACCCCCGACCAAAGCUAAGUUGGCUUAAAAACAGCAGGCCUUUCCGCCAGGAGGACCGCAUGGGAGGUUAUAAGAUACGAAGCCAGCACUGGACUCUCAUCAUGGAGAGUGUGGUUCCAUCAGACAAGGGCAACUACACCUGUCUGGUGGAGAAUGAGUUUGGAGCCAUCAACCACACCUACACCCUGGAUGUUGUGGAGCGGUCGCCUCACCGGCCCAUUCUUCAAGCUGGCCUGCCUGCCAACACAACUGUCUAUGUUGGAGAGGACGCCCGUUUUGUCUGUAAAGUGUACAGUGAUGCCCAACCUCAUAUCCAGUGGCUGAAACACAUCUCCCAAAAUGGGAGUCGCAAUGGUCCCGAUGGGAACCCUUAUGUCAAAGUGCUCAAGACCGCGGGUGUAAACACCACAGAUAAGGAGAUAGAAGUUCUCUACUUGCCCAAUGUAACAUUUGAAGCUGCUGGGGAGUAUACGUGCUUGGCGGGUAAUUCUAUUGGGAUCUCCUAUCACACUGCUUGGUUGACGGUGCUUCCAGCUGCAGAGAAAAACGCAGAGCCCCUUCCACCCGACUAUGUGGAGAUUGCUAUUUACUGUGCAGGCGUCUUCCUCAUCGCCUGCAUGGUGGGCAUCGUGGUGGUGUGCCGCAUGAGGAACACGGCCAAGAAACCAGACUUUGGCGGCCAACCUGCAGUUCACAAACUGAGCAAACAGAUCCCUCUGCGCCGCCAGGUAACAGUGUCAGCUGACUCCAGCGCUUCUAUGAACUCCAACACACCUCUUGUACGUAUCACCACACGGAGGAGUUCAGCACACGAUGACCCGAUUCCUGAGUAUGACCUUCCUGAGGAUCCACGAUGGGAGUUCUCGAGAGACAGGUUGACCCUGGGCAAACCCCUCGGUGAGGGCUGCUUCGGCCAAGUAGUAAUGGCAGAAGCUCUUGGCAUCGAUAAAGACAAACCCAAGGAGGCUUUAACUGUCGCUGUUAAGAUGCUGAAAGAUGACGCCACCGAAAAGGACCUGUCUGACCUGGUGUCAGAGAUGGAAAUGAUGAAGAUGAUUGGCAAACAUAAGAACAUUAUCAAUCUGUUGGGGGCCUGCACACAAGAUGGCCCGUUGUAUGUGAUAGUGGAGUAUGCUUCCAAAGGUAACCUUAGGGAGUACCUCCGAGCCCGCCGACCUCCUGGGAUGGAGUACUCCUACGACAUUGGCCGUGUCUCUGAUGAACAGCUCACUUUCAAAGAUCUGGUCUCAUGCACUUAUCAAGUGGCACGGGGCAUGGAGUACCUAGCAUCCCAAAAGUGUAUACACAGAGACCUGGCAGCCAGGAACGUCCUGGUCACAGAAAGCAACGUCAUGAAGAUAGCUGACUUUGGCUUGGCCCGCGAUGUCCAUAACAUCGACUACUAUAAAAAGACGACCAAUGGUCGUCUUCCUGUGAAGUGGAUGGCUCCCGAAGCGCUUUUUGACCGAGUCUACACUCACCAGAGUGAUGUGUGGUCUUUUGGGGUGCUGAUGUGGGAGAUCUUCACCCUCGGGGGGUCCCCGUACCCUGGCAUUCCAGUUGAGGAGCUCUUCAAGCUGCUCAAAGAGGGCCAUCGCAUGGAUAAGCCUGGCAACUGCACCAACGAGCUCUACAUGAUGAUGAAAGACUGCUGGCACGCCAUCUCAUCCCAUCGACCAACGUUCAAGCAGCUCGUUGAGGAUCUGGAUCGCAUCCUCACCCUCAACACCAAUGAGGAGUACCUGGACCUGUGCACGCCCACAGAGCAGUAUUCUCCAAUCUUCCCCGACACUCGCAGCUCCUGCUCCUCCGGCGACGACAGUGUCUUCUCCCACGAGCCCUUACCGGACGAACCUUGUCUUCCCAAGUAUCAGCCCAUCAACGGCAACGUCAAAACAUGAGCCGCCCCCCAACACCCUUUACCCAAACGCCAAACUCUUCCCCAUUUUGUCCCCCCUCUGGCUCCCAGCUGACUUUCGGACCACUUCGGGACCAGGCUGGCAGCAGCGCUGUUGCACUGCCAUUUGCAUACGCUACAUUCUACACACCCUCGUAUCUUAAGGAAAGGAGAGGAACCUUAUACAAGCUGAGCUUUUAUACGGACGGAAUGAACUGACAUUCCUUCUCUCUCUUUUUGUCAUAUAAACAAAAACGUUAAUCAUAUCAGAUUGUCCACAAGAGGUUGGGAUGAUGUCUGGAGACAUCAUUCCAGCGGCUGCCAUUCCACGAUUGUUUUUUUUUUUUUUGGUAUGGACCAAUGUGAACUUAAAGCAGAUGACUAUAAAUAGGAAGAGGACUAAAGAGAAAAAGCUUUGACUAACAAAAAAAAGAGAGUAAUAGAGGAGAGCAUGCAUAGAAAUGGCUUCCCUGUUUAUUUUGUAAUAUUUCUUUUUUACUUCUCUUUCCCGAUUAUUGUAGAGAGAAAAAAUACACAGUAUAAUGCAAUAUAAUGUGUAGUUCUGGGUAUAUUUGUAAAUAUCUCCAAAUAUGUAUAAAUAUAUAUUAUAUAUUUACAAUGAAUUAUUUUUUGUAUGGACUCAAAAAAAGGUACUCACCCCACACCUUAAUCCACUCCCCUUACCCGAUUCGGAGUACAUAUUGCACAUAUUUUUUACAUACACAUACACACACCUAAAACCCUGUUUUUACACUCGCUUAAUAACAAACUGUUAAAUAUUGGCUUUCAGGGACUAAGGUAGCAUGUUAAUUUAUUGAUUUGUGAUUUGUUUUUGUAUUAAUCAGAAAGUCUGAAGAGAAAAAAAAUCAUAAUAUUAAUAAUGUCUAAAUAAUUCAUGAAAUGUAUUUAAAAUGAUCCCUCGGCAGUUAUAGAAGAACAUGUCCUAUUUCUAGUGGGAUUGACAGAAUCAUGUUUUGUAAGUUUUUUGUAUGAAUGUGAAUAUUAAGUUAAAUGUGUACAUUUUAUAGCCAGCUAAUCCCUUUCUCGUGUAUCAGCGAAGGCAUUUCUACCCUGACCUUUAACACAUUCUUAGCAUGACCUUAGGAUAUCAGAGUUGUCACCUGUUACUGGUUUAAAGACGCUACUUUGCCGCUGCCUCGUGUAAAUUCUACGUCAAAUGUGUUUUUAAAGUUUUCUCCACUCAAUCGAACACAAAAGUAUGACAUCAUUCAAGUGGUUUUAUUUUCUACAGGACCAACAUUAAGCUGUUUCUGUGCAGAUGUUCAUGUCGCAUUUGCAAAUAAAUAAUUGAAAAAUA